AUGGUUCUCAACGUUAUCGAGCCGGCGCACUCGCGCUACAUCCCGCUCGCGGAGCUUCUGGAGGACUUUCUGAAGGAGAAAUUUGGCAAAGACUACCCGGAUUACGACUACAAUAUCGAGCACGUCUGCGAUCGGUGGACAUUUGAAGCUCCGGAAAAGGUAGACGAAGAAGAGAUACUGCGGUUAAUCGACGAAAUCGAAUCGAAGCAGAAGAAAGAUUAG